UUGCCAUGGUGUUUUGCUUAUUGGUACCGCGAAUCGCAUCCGGCCCUAAUUUGAAGCCACUGAUGGAAAAAUUUUACUAUGAAUUUCGUAACCAGUGGUGCCACAUUCUUCUCCAAGUACGCAACCUCUACAGCGAAACAGAAAUUGGAAUUUUUGGCCAUCUGUGGUUUGUUUCAGCAGACUUCCAAUUGUUUUUAUGGGCUUUGCCAACUAUCCUAACACUUAGAAGUUAUGGUGCACCGAGGAAAUUAAGUAAUGUUCUCUUCUUCAGCAUUCUUCUGGACACGCUAAACUACGUGUACAUCCUGCCUUUUUAUCAUGGCAUGUGCUACUUUGCCGGAUGUGUAACGUACUUUUUGUUGAAGAAAUAUGGGCAAGUCAAGAUAUCCCAGAUGAAGCAGAUUGGAAUGUGGUGUCUAACGCUCGCCUGCGCACUCGCAACUGUGUUCCUGAAAUAUGACUGGAACCGAGGCCAUGGUCCACGUGGAGAAUUGAUAAAAAUUCCUCUAGUGUUCAUCGACAGGCUGAUGUGGUCAUUUUGCAUCAGCUGGACAGUAUUCGCUUGCUCAACAAGAAGAGGAGGUGUCCUUUGGAAUUUUCUCUCGUGGAAAGCAUUUGUUCCCCUGAGCCGCUUGUGCUUUGGAAUAUAUAUCGUUCACGUACCAUUGUUUUUUAUCAAGUCAAACAUAGCUCGAGAGCGGAUUUUCUAUUCUCACUUUACAUUGGUUCUCCAAACGUUUGCCGUGUUUGUGGCAUCGUCCUUGCUAAGCCUUACCAUCUAUCUUGCCUGCGAAGCACCAGUGGGUCGUCUCGAGAAGAUGUUUUUGAUGCCGAAUAGAAAAGAAGAGAAAGCUCGCCGUAAUUGCAGAGGAGAACAAAUCAACAUUAUGCGAAACCUUCCGUGUACGAUAAAGGACACGGAGCUCGUGAACACGAAGGAGCAAAAAGCAAACAGUAAAGAAUAUUCGAGUCGUUUGUGA